CGCUCGUCAUCUUCAUUAAUUUUCUUAAUCCUCCCUCCCUUUCCAACAAAUCGGAAUCACAUUGCAUUAGUUUAUCGAAUCAGUGCUCCGUUUCAUUCAGAAUCGCCGUGUUUUCUGCAAAAUUUGAUUGAAAAAGUGAGUACGAGAUGUCUUCGUGGUUCAAAACGGCGGUGAGCAAAGCAGUGGAGGCUGGGAACAAAAACAACUUCACGCGAAACAUCAAGAGUGUCGCCGACACCGUCGCUCACCACGCCGGCCAAGCCGUAGCUGAAGGAGCCAAAAUAUUUCAGGAUCGCAUUGCAGCUCGGAAUGUCCGAAGCGUAAAGCAAACCAUAAGAAGACUCGAGGAAGCGGCUGUCUCUUGUAGAGGCUCUGAAAGAGUUAUGUUACUGAGAAGAUGUUUGGCUGCGCUUAAGGAAGUUGAAAAGUAUUAUGGAUCUUCAUCCGAAGAUAAACCAAAGAAUCUUGAAGAGAUUCUUGUUUCUGAAGAUGCAAAAGAGAAUCCAAAAAGACCAGUUUUGGUGUUGUAUUAUGAUGAGGAUGUUGGUGGUAUGCCUGUGACUUUUCGUGAGGUUUUUCUUCAAAGCCAAGCUUUGGAGGGCAUAACAAUAUCUUCGAUUCUUGAAGCACCAAAUGAUGAAGAAAUCACUCUGCUGCUGGAGGUGUUCAGGCUCUGUCUCACUGGAGGAAUGGAAGUUCACAAUGCUAUAGUGAGCAGCAUACAGGAUCUUGCUACAGCUUUUUCCAUCUACCAAGAUGAAGUGCUGGUGAAACGUGAAGAAUUGCUUCAAUUUGCACAAAGUGCCAUUACAGGGUUGAAAAUCAAUGCAGAUGUUUUAAGAAUGAAUGUUGAAGCUUCUAAUUUAAAGAAAAAGCUUGAUGGAAUCAGUAGCUCCCAGAAAUCACCAAAUGAAGGCGAAGACAAAGCACCUGAGAGAACUCCUGUGACCAUUGAGGCUCUAAAAGAAGCACUCACGCAAAUUCGGCUCUGUUCCCAAUUAGAAGGCAUUUUACUGAAAAAGAAAGUUCUGAACAAUGGAGACUCUCCGGAGGUUCAUGCUCAGAAGGUUGAUAAGUUGAAGGUCUUAUCAGAGUCUUUAGCUAACUCCAGCUCAAAAUCUGAGAAGCGAAUUUCAGAACAGAGACUUCAAAAGGAGGAGGCAUUAAAAGUUCGUAUGGCAAAAGCAACUGAAGCUCAUGAAAGAGAAAAGGAAAUAGCAGCUGAAAUUUCAGAGCUUGAAAAGAAGAGGGAUGAACUUGAAGCUGAACUGAAAAAGGUUUAUAUCUCGCUGGCUACCGCUAAUGCUCGUCUGCGAAAUGUGAAGGAAGAAAGAGAUCAGUUUGAUGAAGCUAACAAUCAGAUUAUUGCACACUUAAGCACAAAGGAAGAUGAACUAUCAAAGUCAAUUUCUGCAUGUCGAGCAGAAGCAGAGGUUCUUAGUACUUGGAUUAAUUUUUUGGAAGAUACUUGGGUUCUUCAGUGCUCGUAUGCAGAAACUAAGAACAAGCAGGUCAAUGAUGAAUUGGAGAAGCACGAGGAUUAUUUUGUUAGUAUGGCUCUUAAUCUCCUCUCUGCUUAUAAGGAAGAGCUGGGCCCUUCCAUCAGUCGUAUUGAGAAAUUUGUUGACAAUCUGAAGAAGUUGAGUGAGAGGUCAGAGAUGAUGGUUGCUAAUGAUGAUUCUAAGGAAUUAAACCCAAGGAAACCUCUUGAGGAAGGAUAUCUUGAAAAUGAAGCCAAGAUAAUAACUACCUUCAGUGUUGUGGAUAACAUGAAAGCGCAGUUCUAUUCUCAGAAUUUGGCAAGUUCCAGGAAGGAUGCACCAAGGAUCAAAGGGCUAUUGGAUGAAAUUGAAAAAUUAAGAGGAAAGUUUGAAUCUAUUGAGCGGCCAAAUUUAGAAAUUGAAGCACCACCAGGCCCACCACCAGAAGCUGAUGCUCCAUCUAGCGAGAAACCACUGGGAAGCCCAUCUGCUGCCCCAACAUUGGCGUCAACGCCUAAACCUGAUAAAGAGGGAAAUAUGGACAAUCCCACAGUUGGGACAGAGCCUGUACUAGAUCAUGAAGCAGAAAUAGCAAAACUAGAGUCCGAGUUUGGGAAAAUUGGUCGAGACUACUCAACUGAAGAGAUCGGUGACUGGGAGUUUGAUGAACUCGAAAGAGAGUUAAGAGAUGGGGGUGAUUCAGCUCCAAGUAAAUAGCACAAUCACCUGUAAACUGCUAUCCUUAAUUUAACACUGGCAAGCAUGUGUAGUUAAGUGUGUUGUGCACAAGUACCUCCCAGAAAGCUGCAUUUUAUUAGAUUAUAAACCUGUAUGUUGUAUCAUCUGGAUGGAGUUUCCAUUUGUUUAUUCUUCUGUAAAUACUUAAAAAGUGUUGUAACAUGGAAUUGAUGAAACCCAUGAAUAGUAUAACUCGAAACAACAGUUUCAGAAACAAAUAUCAAAUCUUCCAGUAUCUUACUCUUUCAAAUCAACACAAAGAUGGCACUGAUUCCUAGCAUUUUGGGUGGUCGAAGAAGCAACGCUUUCGAUCCCUUUUCUCUGCAUUAUUGGGACCCUUUUGAGGGCUUUCCAUUUUCCAGCACUCUUUCCAUUUUACCAUCCUCUGCAAGCGAGGUCUCCUCAUUUGUGAACACCGGGAUUGAUUGGAAGGAGACCCCAGAAGCUCACGUUUUCAAGGCUGAU